UUGGCUGCAUUAUCAUUGUUAAUCACAGCGAAACUCGUGAAUGUAUCAGUUCCAUUUUUGUUGAGAGAUGUUAUUGAUUAUUAUAAUGGAAAAGCUCCCGAAUUUCUGAAAUUGACUUUUGAUGGCACGUUGUCAAAUUCGUUUAUUACUGCUGGAAUUUGCACUAUUUUUGCUUGUAAGUUCGGUGUUUAUCGAAAAAAGAAAGACUUCCGAGUGUGUUGCGUGUGCGUCGCGUAGCAAAACCGCGACGCACACGCAACGCUUGUCUUCAGAUGGUAUUGCUCGAACAACAUCUUCAUUAUUCGACGAACUUCGAAAUUCAAUCUUCGCCAAAGUCGCUCAUAAUUCAGUUCGAAGUAUUUCUCGAAAUAUUUUCCUUCAUUUACAUUCUCUUGAUUUAUCAUAUCAUUUGAAUCGAAGAACUGGAGCACUUUCGAAAUCGAUUGAUCGAGGAACUAGGGGAAUGAGCUUUAUUUUAAGCUCACUGCUUUUUAAUAUUUUUCCGACGGCGGUUGAGAUUGGAAUGGUUUCUGCGUUGUUUACUUCAACUUUGGGUAGGUUUUCGACCGCAAGCUUCCGGCAAAGUUACCAUAAGCUUCCAGAUUAACUGAAUUUAUCGUAACUUUGUGUUGACAAGGAAGCUUCUGGUUUUAAAAUGUUGAAAAUUUGGAAUUUUUUUCUGAAUUUUCCAAAUUUUCACCUAAUAAUGUUCGAAAAAAUGCCGAAUCUGAAAUUUUCCCUAAAAAUUGGUUUUUCACUGAUAAACCGAGGUUUUAUGGAAAAUUUCAAGAUUCCGCACAGGGGAACCUAUCGCCAAUUUUUUUCUGAAUUUAAGCGGAGACCGCAAGCUUCCGCGUAAGCGGAAAGGUUACUAUAACUCCUAUAGCUAAUUUAGGAAGUUAGGGUAACUUUGCAGCUUACGCGGAAGCUUGCGGUCUACACUAAAAUUUUCAUCAAAAAAUAUUCGAAAAACGGCCGGAUCUGAAAUUUUCCCUAAAAAAUUGAUUUUUCACUGUAAAAAUCGAGGUUUUAGGGAAAAUUUCAAGAUUCCGCACAGGGGAACCUAUCGCCAAUUUUUUUUUUUGAAUUUUAGCGGAGACCGCAAGCUUCCGCGUAAGCGGAAAGGUUACUAUAACUCCUAUAGCUAAUUUAGGAAGUUAGGGUAACAUUGCCGUUUACGCGGAAAAACUAGAAAAAAGCCAAAUUUUUAAAGGAUCUGAAUUUGCUUAUAUGACUUGUGGAAGUAUCGGAAUGUACAGUAUAGCAACACUUGCGAUAACUCAAUGGCGAACAAAAUUCCGUCACGAAAUGAAUCAAGCAGAUAAUGAUGCUGGAAAUAAAGCAGUCGAUUCAUUAAUCAAUUAUGAAACAGUCAAAUAUUUUAAUAAUGAGAAAUUCGAAGCAAAUCGAUAUGAUAAAUAUUUGGCAAAAUAUGAAAAAGCCUCAUUAAAAACCACAUCAUCAUUAGCAUUAUUGAAUUUCACACAAAAUGCAAUAUUUAGUGGCGGAUUAAUUGGUGUAAUGUGUUUGGCGGCAAAUCGAAUUCAAACUGGUGAAUUAACAAUUGGUGAUUUGAUAUUAGCAAAUACUUUAUUAUUUCAAUUAUCAAUUCCAUUGAAUUUUUUGGGUUCGGUUUAUCGAGAAGUUCGACAAGGUUUAGUUGAUAUGAAUCAAAUGUUCUCGAUUUUGUAUUUGAAGCCGGAUAUUUUGGAAAAACCAGGAGCCAACGAAUUGAGCAUUUUGAAUAAUGACAUCACUUUGAAGGUAUUUUUUUGGGGGUCUAAUUUUUAUUUUUGAAACAGAAAAUAUUCUAUUCUUGUUGAGUGUGAUGUAAUUAUGAACAUAUUCAAAAUUUAUACAUAUUAACUUUAAAACAGUGGAAUCUUUCAUUAUACAGUUUUUGAAACAGGGAAUUUUUGUGAAAUUUGGAAGACAUGAAAUGGAAACUUUGGAAUUUCACCAAAAAUUUUAAUUUGAGAAAAAAUACUGUUUCAAAAAUCAGUCAAACUUUGGAACUGACUCCGAGAGCGUUUUCGGAAUUGUCAAAUCACUAUUUUCAACGAUUUUUAUCAAAAUUUAUUUUUAAAAAAAUGCUGUUUCAAAUUUUACUCAUUUUUUCUAGUCGUAAAAAACAUUGAUAUUUGUUUCAGAAGUUUACGGAAUGAAAAAAAAAUUAACAAAAAAUUUGCAGCUUGAAAAUGUGCACUUCCGAUAUGUUCCCGAGAAGCCCAUUCUUCAAGGUUUGACUCUGGAAAUUCCGACUGGAAAGAAAGUGGCGAUUGUUGGAGGAAGUGGAUCUGGGUGAGUUUGUAUGAUUAUUCAUAUUGAAAAUUGGAGAAAUUGAGAAAUAUUGAAGAUUUUCUUGAAACAGUGAAUAUUUUUAGAGAAUUUCUACAAAUUUUCGAAAGCUAGUUCAUUUUUAUUUUUCUUUAAUUGACCAAUUUUUUUAUCGGAAAACACAAAUUUCCAACUCAAAAUUAAAAUUUUCUGAAACAGUGAAUAUUUUUUCACCAAAAAAACAAAGAAAAUUAUGUUUUGUUUGAACAGUGAAAAAACAUUGUAAUGAUGAAGAAUAAAUAUUUUUGAAACGUAUAAUUUCUGACCCAAAUUACUCCCAUUUCAUUAUUUUUUUGCAGAAAAUCAACAAUAGUUCGUUUAUUAUAUCGAUUAUAUGAUACAGAAAAUGGAAAAAUUCGAAUAAAUAAUGAAGAAAUUCGAGAUUUGCAAUUGAAUUCACUUCGAAAAAAUAUAAGUAUUGUACCACAAGAUUCGGUAUUAUUUCAUGAUACAAUUUAUUAUAAUUUGGCAUAUGGUAGACCAAAUGCAACUAAAGAUGAAGUUAUUGAAGCAUCGAAAAUGGCCGAUUUACACGAGAGUGUUAUGAAAAUGCCGGAUGUGAGUUUGAAUUUUUGAAAAUAAAAAUAUUGGGAAAAUUUGGGAUUUUUUGAAUAUAGAUUCAAUUAUUUAUUUUUUUUGAAGAAAUUUAUUCAUCUCAGAUCAGUAGAGUUUUCAAUGAAACAAGAAAAAACUUAUUUUUUCUUGAAACAGUGAACAUUUUGGAAAAAGUUCAUACUAAAUAUUCCAAUCUUGGAGUUUUUUGUGUGAAAACUCAGAAAAUUCGAAUUUUUCAAUAUAAGAUUCUUGCUGUUUCAAAAUUUUUAUUUGUUCCAAUAACAUGUGUUUUUCUUGUUAACCAUAAACCUCCGAAUAAUUAGAAGAAUCAAAUGCUUUGUUUGUCUCAAAAUGUAAAUUGUUCUUCUUUUUUUGAUCCAACAACAGGAAUGUGCUUUUGAUUUAUACAUAACAACCGGAAAGUUAUGUUCGGUCGACUUCGAUUUGAAAGAUCCUUGGAAUAAUAUUUGUUGUAUUUUUCGAUUCGGAAAUUAGUCCAGUUAGGUAACAUUGUAGAGAACAAUUAGACAAAAUGUAUUUUUUCCACAAAAAAUUAUUUUUUAUCAUUAGUAAUGAAAAUGGAAUUAGACACUGAUUUGUUUGAUUCCAACGGAAUAGAAUGAGCAAUAACCAUUUUCACAUUUUUCGUCACAUUUCACAAAAUCGAAUUUUCCAUUGACACUUGCAUCUUCGAGGUCUAACAACAUUGCAACACAUUCAUUGUCAGUUGAAAUUGUUGGAUUUGUCACAAAUUGAAAGUUAGAAAUUUUUGAAUUUGUGGGAUCUCGGAAGCCAUAUCCACUAGGAUAUUGACAAUCUUGAGUGGUUAUGGAGGACAUAUCAUUGCAAUUAGGGUAUCUUGAUCCAUCUGUGAUAACCCUCAUUCUCGUCAAAUUAUAUUUUCGAUUGUUGGUGUUGAAACAAUUGAUCGUUUCCUUAAUAUUCCAUGGAGCAGAGAGUAUUCGAUCGAACUGGCUAUUAUCACUGACAGCUUGACUAUAGGUUGUAUAGUUUGGAUGUUUUCCGUACUAUGAAAUGAAAAAAAGUUGAGUAACACCCUUGAAGGGAAAACCUACGAAAUAGCAUAUAAUCUGACCUUCUCGCAUGGACCAAUUAUAACCGUCUUCGCAUGGUUCUUUUGCUGGAACAAGCUAAAAUCUAAGCGGCCACUCAAAAUCCAGAACGGUGGAUUCAAUAUUUGAGUUCCCAUCCCUCUUUGUAAAUCGUUUAUAUUCAAAAAGCAAUAGAUAUUCUUCUUUUCUUUCUUGGUAUCUACGAAUUUCUGAAUAAAACCUACGUUCAAUAUUCCAGGAUAUUCCGUUAUAUGAAAUUUUAUGAUGUUCAGCUUCUGCAGAUUCAAAUAUAUCUGGGCACUCAGCAAGAUUGUUUGAUAUUCUGAAUGCAAUCUUGCUCGUCUUUCCAUCAUCCGGUUUAACUAAGCGAACAUAUUGAUACUCAUUCAGAUAACAAGUUUUAUCAUUCCAAAACGCGAUUUUGUAAUCAGUUGAUUGGUCCAAUAGAUUCCAGCAUUCCUCAUCGCUCUGAACAUCUUUGGUAUACAAAACAUCUGUAAUGGAUGUAUCGUAACUUCCCCAAAUUAUCAUAAUAGUUGAGGACCUCAACUUGAGGUUGUCUGAAAAAAUGUUGUUAUCCAUCUGUUAUUUUUUUUUCUCUCACCGAAAGUUUGGAAAUAAUUAGAAGAAACAAAAAUUUUGCGAGCAUGUUUGUCUCAAAAAAUGUAAAUUGUUCUUCUUUUUUUUUUGGUCCCACAACAGGAAUGUGCUUUUGAUUUAUACAUAACAACCGGAAAGUUAUGUUUGUUCGUAUUUUGGUCAAAGUUUUCUGUUUCAAAAAAUUCUCAUUAAUUUUAUUUUUGAAAAUUCACUGUUUCAAAAAUUUGAAAAAAUUGAUAUUUUAGAUUUUGGCAAACCAAUAAUGACCCAAAAUUCAGAGUUUCAAGAACUUGAAAUAUUGAAUGAAAGGGAAUUUCUUCACUGUUUCAAAUUUUUCAUAUGAAAAUUUUGCAAAUUGUUCGAGCAAUUCCUUUCCAUUUUUAUUCUCAAUAAAAAACCUUCUCAUUUUUUGAUUUUUCCAGGGUUACGAUACAUUGGUUGGUGAACGUGGUUUGAAAUUAUCAGGUGGUGAAAAACAACGAGUUGCAAUUGCUCGAGCAAUUUUGAAAAAUGCACCAUUUGUUAUUUAUGAUGAAGCAACAUCUUCACUUGAUGCAAUUACUGAAUCAAAUAUUAUGAAAUCAUUGAAAGGAGCUGUUGAUAAACGGUUAGCAAGAUUUUUGGGGAUUUUGGGAAGGGGAAAUAUGGGAGGGAAAAUCUGGGAACCAAAAUCUGAAAUUUCAUCUAUUUUUUGCUUCAAAAAAUUAUUUGAAAAAAUUACUGUUUCAAAAUUUUUAUAUUCAUUUUUUGAAACUUUUUUUUUGAAUUUCUGAAAUUAGGGAGAAGAAAAUAUGAACAAAAAAUCUGAAAUUCUCAGCAUUUUUUAUACUGAAAUUGUGGGGUUUUCAAUUCGAAAUAUAAUUAUUUAUUAUCAAAAAAAUUUACUGUUUCAAAUUUUUCAUUAGUUUUCUGUGUUUGAUUUUGAAAAUCAGUAACAAUUGAGCUUCGGAGUCACUUUCCAAUAUUUUUUCUAUUCAAAAAUUAACAUACAUUCUACAAAUCUAGGAUUUAGGAAUUGUUACUAGCGGAAAAUAUUUCGUUUCUAAAGUUUUAUGUGAUUUUCUCAAUAUUGAAAAUCACUGUUUCAAAGAUUUCACAUCUAUUGAAAAUGCUCAAGGUUUGUUGGUCGACUGUUUCUUCAUCUUCAUGUUCAUCUUCAAACAAUUCUAACCAAAAUAUUUUUCCACUGUUUCAAAAAUUAUUCAACAAUUUUACUUCACAUUUUGAAUUGAUUAAACAAAUGUUUCCUCUCGAAAAUUAAUUUUAUUCUAAUUUCCAGCACGUCAUUAUUCAUUGCUCAUCGACUCGCAACAAUUGUAGAUGCUGAUAUAAUUUAUGUGCUUGAAAAUGGAAAAGUCGCCGAAAAAGGAAAUCAUCACGAGCUGUUGGCUAUCAAAAAUGGGAUUUAUUCGAAAUUGUGGACAUCGCAAAAUGUUCAUGGCGUUGAGGUGAGUGAUUUUUGAGAAAACGCUGAAAAUUUGCCAUUUUCAGCUCAAAAUUAACCUGAAAAUCCCCAUUUUUCCAGCCAAAAUCACCCAAAAACCAUUCACACAAUCAUGGUCCUUCAAAUUCUCCAGAAGAUCCCCACAAUUCCCACGAUCAUCAUUCUUGUUGUACAUGA